UCCUCUUCUCACCCUUCCACCAUAACACUGCUUCACCUAAGCUUGUGAGGGUUCCAAAACAUGGCUUCUCUUGCCGCUUCCACCGCGGCUGCUUCCUUGGGGAUGUCGGAAAUGCUUGGAAACCCCCUCAGCUUCAGUGGCGCCACCAGGUCUGCUCCAUCACCCUCUACCCCUUCAACCUUCAAAACCGUUGCUCUUUUCUCCAAAAAGAAAGCAGCACCACCUUCUAAACAAAAGUCCUCUGUAUCUCCUCUCAGCGACGAACUCGCCAAGUGGUAUGGUCCUGAUAGAAGGAUCUUCUUGCCAGAGGGUCUCUUGGACAGAGAAGAUAUCCCGGCGUAUUUGAACGGAGAAGUGCCCGGAGAUUAUGGUUAUGACCCAUUUGGUCUCAGCAAGAAGCCAGAGGACUUCGCCAAAUAUCAGGCAUUUGAGUUGAUUCACGCCAGAUGGGCAAUGCUUGGUGCUGCUGGAUUCAUCAUUCCUGAAGCCUUUAACAAAUUUGGAGCUAACUGUGGUCCUGAGGCUGUAUGGUUCAAGACCGGAGCUUUGCUUCUUGAUGGGGGUACGUUGAAUUACUUCGGGAAACCCAUCCCCAUCAAUCUUAUUGUUGCUGUUAUUGCUGAGAUAAUUCUUGUGGGUGGUGCAGAGUAUUAUAGAAUUAUCAAUGGCCUGGAUUUCGAAGACAAGCUUCAUCCAGGUGGUCCAUUUGAUCCAUUGGGGCUAGCAAAGGAUCCAGACCAAGCUGCAUUGCUUAAAGUGAAGGAAAUUAAGAAUGGUAGACUUGCUAUGUUUGCCAUGCUUGGUUUCUACUUCCAAGCUUAUGUCACCGGAGAAGGUCCAGUUGAAAACCUUGCAAAACAUCUCAGUGACCCUUUUGGUAACAACUUGCUCACUGUCAUUGCUGGCUCUGCUGAGAGGACUCCAACUCUGUGAAUCAAUCAUCUUCAUGCUCUUCUCCAAUCUUUAAAUGUACAAUACAUCUUACUGAGAUAUUAUUAAGGCAUUUUUAUUUUAUU